UCCACUUUGCAACGUUCGCGUUCCCCUGUGCUUUCAGAACUGGAACUGAACACCAAAUGCGUGGUGGAGAUGGAAGGGAAUCAAACGGUCCUGCACCCUCCUCCUUCCAACACCAAACAGGGAGAAAGGAAACCUCCCAAGGUAUUUGCCUUUGAUUAUUGCUUUUGGUCCAUGGAUGAAUCUAACACUACAAAAUAUGCUGGUCAAGAAGUAGUUUUCAAAUGUCUUGGGGAAGGAAUUCUUGAAAAAGCCUUUCAGGGGUAUAAUGCUUGUAUUUUUGCAUAUGGACAGACAGGCUCAGGAAAAUCCUUCUCCAUGAUGGGCAAUGCUGAGCAGCUGGGCCUUAUUCCAAGGCUCUGCUGUGCUUUAUUUAAAAGGAUCUCUCUGGAGCAAAAUGAGUCACAGACCUUUAAAGUUGAAGUAUCCUAUAUGGAAAUUUAUAAUGAGAAAGUUCGGGAUCUUUUAGAUCCCAAAGGGAGUAGACAAUCUCUUAAAGUUCGAGAGCAUAAAGUUUUGGGACCAUAUGUAGAUGGCUUAUCCCAACUGGCUGUCACUAGUUUUGAGGAUAUUGAGUCAUUGAUGUCUGAGGGAAAUAAGUCUCGGACGGUAGCUGCAACCAACAUGAAUGAAGAAAGUAGCCGCUCCCAUGCUGUGUUCAACAUCAUAAUCACACAGACACUUUACGACUUACAGUCUGGGAACUCUGGAGAGAAAGUCAGUAAGGUGAGCUUGGUAGACCUGGCUGGUAAAAAAAAACAGGAGGCAGGAGAGCGACUGAAAGAAGGCAGCAACAUUAACAAAUCACUGACAACCUUGGGGUUGGUUAUAUCAUCUCUGGCUGACCAGGCAGCUGGCAAGGGAAAAAACAAAUUUGUGCCUUAUCGAGAUUCAGUCCUCACUUGGCUUCUUAAGGACAAUUUAGGGGGCAACAGUCAGACCUCUAUGAUAGCCACCAUUAGCCCAGCAGCAGACAACUAUGAAGAGACUCUCUCCACAUUACGAUAUGCAGAUCGAGCCAAAAGGAUUGUUAACCAUGCCAUUGUGAAUGAGGAUCCCAAUGCAAAAGUCAUCCGGGAACUGCGGGAGGAAGUCGAGAAACUGAGAGAGCAGCUCUCACAGGCCGAGGCUAUGAAGGCCCCUGAACUGAAAGAGAAGCUUGAAGAGUCUGAAAAGCUGAUAAAAGAACUAACAGUGACUUGGGAAGAGAAGCUGAGAAAAACAGAAGAAAUUGCACAGGAGAGACAACGACAACUUGAAAGUAUGGGCAUUUCCCUGGAAACAUCUGGUAUCAAGGUGGGAGAUGACAAGUGCUACUUAGUCAACUUGAAUGCAGACCCUGCUCUCAAUGAACUUCUGGUUUAUUAUUUAAAGGACCAUACAAGAGUAGGUGCAGAUACUUCUCAGGACAUCCAGCUCUUUGGUAUAGGAAUUCAGCCUGAGCACUGUGAGAUUGAUAUCGCAUCUGAUGGUGAUGUCACUCUUACUCCAAAAGAAAGUGCAAGGUCCUGUGUAAAUGGCACCCUCGUGUGCAAUACCACCCAACUGUGGCACGGUGAUAGGAUCCUAUGGGGAAAUAACCACUUUUUUAGAAUUAAUUUACCUAAGAGGAAACGACGAGAUUGGUUAAAAGACUUUGAAAAAGAAACAGGCCCGCCCGAGCAUGACCUGGAUGCAGCCAGUGAAGCUUCUUCAGAACCAGACUAUAACUAUGAAUUUGCACAGAUGGAGGUUAUCAUGAAAACACUAAAUAGUAACGACCCAGUUCAAAAUGUGGUUCAGGUCCUGGAGAAACAAUACCUGGAAGAAAAGCGGAGUGCCCUUGAGGAGCAGCGGCUCAUGUAUGAGCGAGAGCUGGAGCAGCUCCGCCAGCAGCUCUCCCCCGAGAGGCAGCCCCAGAGCAACGUCCCUGACCGCCUGGCCUACAGCAGCCAGACAGCUCAGCAGAAGGUGACACAGUGGGAGGAGGAGAGGGACGAACUUUUCCGUCAGAGCCUGGCAAAACUGCGCGAGCAGCUAGUUAAAGCUAAUACCUUGGUGAGGGAGGCAAACUUCUUAGCUGAGGAAAUGAGCAAACUCACUGACUACCAAGUGACUCUGCAGAUCCCUGCUGCAAACCUCAGUGCCAACAGAAAGAGAGGAGUAAUAGUGAGUGAGCCAGCUAUUCAAGUGAGGAGGAAAGGAAAGGGUACCCAAGUUUGGACCAUUGAGAAGCUGGAGAAUAAAUUAAUCGAUAUGAGAGACCUUUAUCAAGAAUGGAAGGAAAAAGUUCCUGAGGCAAAGAGACUCUGUGGGAAACGAGGUGACCCCUUCUAUGAAGCCCAAGAGAAUCACAACCUCAUAGGUGUGGCUAACGUGUUCUUGGAGUGUCUCUUCUGCGAUGUGAAGCUUCAGUAUGCGGUCCCUAUCAUCAGCCAGCAGGGGGAGGUCGCGGGGCGUCUUCAUGUGGAAGUGAUGCGUGUUACAGGAGCUGUCCCGGAGCGCGUCGUGGAGGAUGACUCCUCGGAGAACUCCAGUGAAAGUGGGAGUCUUGAAGUCGUAGACAGCAGUGGGGAAAUCAUUCACCGAGUGAAAAAAUUGACAUGCCGGGUAAAAAUUAAAGAAGCAACUGGGCUGCCCUUAAACCUGUCGAAUUUCGUCUUCUGUCAGUACACAUUCUGGGACCAUUGUGAGUCAACAGUGGCUGCCCCAGUAGUGGAUCCAGAGGUGCCUUCCCCACAAUUCAAGGAUGCCCAAUAUAGCGUGACCUUCUCUCACUGUAAGGACUAUGUGGUGAAUGUAACAGAAGAAUUCUUGGAGUUCAUUUCAGAUGGAGCAUUGGCAAUUGAAGUGUGGGGACACCGGUGUGCUGGAAAUGGUAGCUCCAUCUGGGAAGUCGAUUCCCUUCAUGCUAAGACAAGAACGCUGCGUGACAGGUGGAAUGAAGUAACUCGCAGAAUAGAAAUGUGGAUCUCCAUAUUAGAAUUGAAUGAGUUAGGGGAAUAUGCUGCUGUGGAGCUCCAUCAGGCAAAAGAUGUCAACACAGGAGGCAUCUUUCAACUCAGACAGGGUCAUUCUCGGAGAGUGCAAGUCACAGUAAAACCUGUACAGCAUUCAGGGACACUGCCACUUAUGGUUGAAGCCAUCUUAUCAGUAUCCAUUGGCUGCGUGACUGCUAGGUCCACCAAGCUCCAAAGAGGGCUGGACAGUUACCAGAGAGAUGAUGAGGAUGGUGAUGAUAUGGAUAGUUAUCAGGAAGAAGACUUAAACUGUGUCAGAGAGAGGUGGUCUGAUGCACUCAUUAAACGACGAGAAUACUUAGAUGAACAGAUUAAAAAAAUCAGCAAUAAAAAAGAGAAAACAGAGGACGAAGUGGAGCGGGAAGCCCGGCUCGUGGAGCAAUGGGUCGGGCUUACGGAAGAAAGGAAUGCUGUGCUGGUGCCAGCACCCAGCAGUGGGAUCCCUGGGGCACCUGCCGACUGGAUUCCACCACCUGGAAUGGAAACCCACAUACCAGUUCUCUUCCUUGAUUUGAAUGCGGAUGACCUCAGUGCCAAUGAGCAGCUCGUGGGCCCCCAUGCUUCAGGUGUGAACUCCAUCCUGCCCAAGGAGCAUGGCAGCCAGUUUUUCUACCUGCCCAUCAUAAAGCACAGUGAUGAGGAGGUUUCAGCCAUAGCCUCUUGGGACUCCUCGGUGCAUGAUUCCGUUCACUUGAAUAGGGUCACUCCCCAGAAUGAAAGGAUUUACCUGAUAGUGAAGACCACAGUCCAGCUCAGCCACCCGGCUGCUAUGGAGUUAGUAUUACGAAAACGGAUUGCAGCCAAUAUUUACAACAAACAGAGUUUCACCCAGAGUUUGAAGAGGAGAAUAUCAUUGAAAAAUAUAUUUUAUUCCUGUGGUGUAACCUAUGAAAUAGUAUCCAAUAUACCAAAGGCAACAGAGGAAAUUGAGGACCGGGAAACUCUGGCUCUCAUGGCAGCAAGGAGUGAAAAUGAAGGCACGUCAGAUGGAGAAACUUACAUUGAGAAGUACACGCGUGGCGUGCUGCAGGUGGAGAACAUUCUGAGCCUUGAGCGGCUUCGGCAGGCGGUCACGGUCAAAGAAGCGCUUUCCGCCAAAGCUCGGCACCUGCGGAGGAGCCUCAGCACACCCAACGUACACAGUGUCUCUUCCAGUCGACCAGACCUUUCUGGCUUUGAUGAAGAUGAUAAGGGUUGGCCUGAGAAUCAGCUGGACAUGUCUGACUACAGCUCCAGUUACCAAGAUGUCGCGUGUUAUGGAACUUUGCCCAGGGAUUCACCUCGAAGGAGCAAAGAAGGGAGUGGUUGUACAUCAGAGAAUCCUCAUGCCUUAACAGUCAGCCCUUUUAAAGCAUUCUCUCCUCAGCCGCCAAAGUUUUUCAAGCCCCUAAUGCCUGUAAAAGAGGAGCAUAAGAAAAGGAUAGCUCUUGAAGCAAAACCUCUUCUAAGCCAGGAGAGCAUGCCUCCAUCUCAGGCACAUAACCCUGGCUGCAUUGUACCCUCAGGAAGCAAUGGCAGCAGCAUGCCAGUAGAACACAAUAGCAAACGUGAGAAGAAGAUUGACUCUGAAGAGGAAGAAAGUGAUCUGGAAACUCUUAACAGAAAACUGAUAGGUUCACAGCCUUAUGUACCUGUGGAGUUUGCUGACUUCAGUGUUUACAAUGCCAGCUUGGAGAACAGAGAGUGGUUUUCAUCUAAAGUAGAUUUGACAAACUCAAGGGUCUUGGAGAAAGAAGUGUCCCGUAGCCCUACCACCAGCAGUAUUACCAGUGGCUACUUUUCCCACAGUGCCUCCAAUGCCACUCUGUCUGACAUGACAGUCCCCUCUAGUGACAGCUCAGAUCAGCUAGUCAUUCAGAUGAAAGAUGCAGACCCCAGUGAGCAUUCUGGACCAUCACUUGCGCAUGAUUUCAGACCAUCCUCAAACAAAGAGUUGACAGAACUAGAAAGAGGCUUGGUAAAGGAUAAGAUGAUUAUGGUGCCACUCAAGGAAAACAGUGCCUUAGCCAAAGGGAACCCAUCAUCCCAAAGUAUUCCUGGGAAAAACUCCAAACUAUUCUGUAGGACUGGCUCAUGUUCAGAACAAGAUAACUGCUCCAGUAAAAAUGGCCAACCAGCAAGAGAAUUCUGCCCUAGGGAGGUGACCAUAGAGCACACCACAAAUGUCCUUGAGGAUCAUUCUUUCACAGAGUUUAUGGGUGUGUCAGAUGGGAAAGAUUUUGAUGGUUUGACAGAUUCUUCUGCUGAAGAGAUUUCGAGUAGGAAGAACCUACCAAAUAAAAUGGACAGUAAGAGUGUCUCAGAUGGGCCACAGGAACCUGGCCAGAUACAUUCCUCAGCAGAGAAUGACCAGGUAAUAAUUCCAGAGGCAUUCCUUUGGGUUCUGUGCUGUCAGUGAACUCGCCUAAUUGUGUACCAACCUCCAGAAGCCCUUUAAGUCAGUGGUUUAGUAGAAGAGAUUCAUUCAGAUGUUUCUGACAGAGAAGAUGGGCCCACCUGGGGAGCAAGCUCACAUGCUGCCCGGCUGGCAGGCUCUGGGGGAACAAGUCUGCAAGUCUGCUUGCAUAGUUUCAGAGUUGAACUGUGAAAUAUAUAGGAGCAGUGGCUUUUUGAACUGGAAUAUGGGUUGUGUUGAAUUAAACAUUCACGUGGGUAAGGAUCAGUCAGUCUCAUAAUCAUUCCCUGAGAUGGCUAUCCCAAGGUAUUCUGGUAGCAUCUACCAUAUUUCAUUAAAUCAUUGAUUUCUUUGCUUAUCACAUACACCAUUAUUCUAUGUAUCAUUAAGAAAAAAUACUUCCAAUUAAACUAUAUCAUAUCAGCAAUUGUAAGACACAACUCAAUUUCAGAGAUGUUAAAAUGUGGGGUAAAAUAACAUGUAUCAUAGAAUUGAUAAAAUACAGUCAUUAGGUGCCCAUAGAAUAAAAGGUGCUUUGGGGAAGUAUAGGUGACAUUUGGGCUUUUGAAGUUACCCCGGCUGGUUUAUUAUGAUGUUUAAUUUUCAUAUUAGAACAGAAUGGAUUUUUGCUAAUAUUCUUAAGGAAAAUAGUGAAUUAUAUAAAUAAAAGAGUAUCCUCUUCUGAGUGCUCUGCUCCUGA